AAAUGCGCCUCAUGGAUGUGGUGACCGCAUAUUUAUACGGUUCACUCGAUACAGACAUAUAUAUGAGAAUUCCUGGAGGCUUUAAAAUACCUGAUGCUUAUAGCUCGAAAUCUCGAGAUUUAUUUUCCAUAAAAUUGCAAAAGUCAUUAUAUGGAUUAAAACAAUCUGGACGCAUGUGGUAUAACCGUCUCAGUGAAUAUUUGAUUAAAGAAGGGUAUAAAAAUGAUCCUAUUAGUCCAUGUGUUUUCAUUCAGCGAUCCGAAUCAGGAUUCGCCAUAAUUGCAGUAUAUGUUGAUGAUUUGAAUAUAAUCGGAACUCCUAAUGAAAUUGAAAAUACUGCAAAAUAUCUCAUGAAAGAAUUUGAAAUGAAAGACCUUGGGAGAACAAAAUUUUGUCUCGGCAUUCAAAUUGAACAUUUGAGAAAUGGUAUUUUCAUCCACCAAUCAAAUUAUACCGAGAAACUUUUGAAGCGAUUUUACAUGGAUAAAGCACAUCCGCUCAAUUCUCCAAUGGUGGUUCGAUCUCUCAAUGUGCAUGAUGAUCCUUUCCGACCUUGUGAAGAUGAUGAAGAAAUCCUUGGUCCCGAAAUACCAUAUUUGAGUGCUAUUGGAGCAUUAAUGUAUUUGGCUAAUAAUACUCGACCAGAUAUUGCUUUUUCUGUAAAUUUAUUAGCCAGGUACAGUUCUUCCCCAACAAGAAGGCAUUGGAAUGGUGUCAAACAUAUAUUCCGAUAUCUCAAUGGUACAAUCGAUCUUGGAUUGUAUUUCAAGAAUGGUGCAAAUGCCACUUUAAUUGGCUACGCGGAUGCAGGAUACUUGUCUGAUCCACAAAAGGCAAAAUCACAAACAGGAUAUUUAUUCACCUAUGGUGAUACCGCUAUAUCAUGGAGAUCAAUGAAGCAAACAUUAACUGCAACAUCAUCAAAUCAUGCAGAAUUAAUUGCUCUUUAUGAAGCAGGUCGUGAGUGUGUCUGGUUGAGAUCAAUGAUCCAGCACAUACAAAAUGAAUGCGGUAUAAAAUCUUUUACUUCUAAUCCUACUGUGAUUUAUGAAGAUAAUACAGCAUGUAUAGCUCAGAUCAAAGGAGGUUACAUCAAAGGGGACAGAACAAAGCAUAUAGCACCAAAACUUUUCUCCACACAUGAUCUUGAGAAUGACGGAACGGUUGAUGUCAAACAAAUCAAGUCAUGCGACAACCCUGCUGAUUUGUUCACAAAGUCAUUGGCACCGAAGAAAUUUGAAGAACUGGUCCAUAAAAUUGGAAUGUAUCGUCUUCGAGAUAUAUGUUAAAUUGAGGGGGAGUAAUAUAAUGCACUGCACUCUUUUUCCCUUCGUCAGGUUUUUAUCCCACUGGGUUUUUCUUGACAAAGGUUUUUAACGAGACAGUACAUUAUAAUACUAUGAAUCUAAUACCCCAGAAUAAUUAGAAGAUGACCAUUCAAGGGGGAGUGUUGAAAUAUAAUUGAAUUAGUCAUCUUCCAACUAUUCCUGAUUAGGAAUUAUUAUCACCAUUACAUAAAUAAUCAGGAAAUCAUAAUUAUGAUUCUAGAUGAUAAUUGUGUGGUUCACAAUUAUCCUCUAAUCCUAUGAAGCUUAUCUUUUCUCCUAUAAAUAGGAGGCUUCUCCAUUGUAAUUAACACACCAUGGUUACACCAUUAUCACACUCUCAAUAAUAUAAUCUAUCACUAAGUGUUCAUACUAUAUUUCUCUCCCUGAUCUUCUGCUUAUUUCCUUCCAUAUUAUAACACUCCAUAGUUUGUGUACUCAGGUCUUUCCUCGUACAUAAUCCGUAGUACAUUACGGAGUAUUUGCUGCUAAUUGGUACUCUCUGGUCCAGACUUCUGCUCUGAUAAACUUUUUCCAGGUAGGGAAGGGGAAAAGGCAGAGCUCUCUGUGGAGACUGGAGAGGAAACUCAAAAGGCAUGUCUCUGGGCUAUGCAGAGAAGCUCUCUUACAUUGAAGAUGUUGGCAGCGUUGGGAUGACGGAGUAUUACGACACACCCCAUGUUCUAGAGGAGAAAGCUGAGAGGCUUGCAUUGAUGAUUAAAAAGAGUAAGCAUUUAGUGGUGUUUACCGGAGCAGGAAUAUCUACCUCAUGUGGUAUACCCGACUUUCGUGGUCCGAAAGGUAUCUGGACUCUCCAGAAAGAAGGAAAAACUAUGCCAGAGGCAUCAUUGCCAUUUCACCGUGCAAUGCCAAGCAUGACCCAUAUGGCCUUGGUUGAAUUGGAGCAGGCUGGCAUUCUAAAGUUUAUUAUUAGCCAGAAUAUUGAUGGCUUACAUCUUCGAUCUGGUAUUCCAAGAGAGAAACUUUCUGAGUUGCAUGGAAAUUCAUUUAUGGAAAUGUGCCCUUCAUGUGGAGUUGAGUAUAUAAGAGACUUUGAAGUAGAAACAAUCGGACUGAAGGAGACAACACGGAGUUGUACAAAAGCAGGUUGUGGUGCUAGGCUUAGAGACACAGUUCUUGAUUGGGAGGAUGCCUUACCCCCAAAGGAGAUAAAUCCAGCAGAAAAGCAUUGCAAAAUGGCUGAUCUUGUGUUAUGCUUAGGUACAAGUUUGCAGAUAACUCCUGCAUGUAAUUUGCCCCUUAAAUGCCUCCGAAAUGGAGGGGAAAUAGUAAUAGUAAAUCUUCAGAAAACCCCGAAGGAUAAAGAUGCCAGUUUGGUAAUCCAUGGAUUUGUAGAUAAGGUAAUUGCAGGGGUCAUGAACUUUCUCAGACUGCAAAUCCCACCUUUUAUUAGAAUUGAUCUUUUCCAGACCAUCUUUACUCAGGCUUUAAGUUUAGAUAAAAAAUAUGUUAACUGGACACUUAAGUUAGCCAGCAUCCAUGGAAAAAAAGCCCCAUUGCCUUUUAUCAAAUCUGUGGAGGUCUCCUUCUCUGAGAGUCCAAACAUGAAAGCAGCUAUUUUAGAUAAGGAACCUUUUUGUCUCAAAAGGAGGACAGUAAAGACAGCAGACCCUUUUGACAUAACUUUCAGACUGAACUUGAGUGAGGGUUGCAAAUGUAUUUGUGCUGAAACAAAAAUUCCAGUUCAUUUUAUGGAAGUAGAGCUGAUGGCGUUUAAAUACAGGACUCUGUAAAGGACUCUGUAUAUAACUUCAAGGACGACGAUGGUUUGGUCUUUGACAAGCUAAGGAGAGAGGCUAUGGCUGACCCAAACUGUGGGCAGACUGCGCUAUUUGAGAGAGAGACCAUCUUGGUUCCUAAAACUGACAUAUUUGUCCAUGCCAUUGUAACUAACAUUGUGAAAUAUGAAGCAACUCAGAGUUCAACCAAUGGGUUGAAGAGGAAACAUGAAGGCUUUAAUGGCACUAUCCCUUCUCGGAAGCGAUCAAAACGCCACUGGAAACCCAAACAUCCGUUGAUAAAUUAGAAGGCCACACAUUGAUAUUUCAGCAUACUGUAAAUAGUUUAGCGCCACUGGAUGAUGCUUCACUGGUAAAUGUUAAUUUGUAGGAGCCGAGUGAAUUUUGAUAGGUCACACACACACUCGGGGUAGCUUAUACGGAAAGAAUCUGGAAUACAGAAACCAGGGAAUAUUGAUUGUUUUUUUUU